CCACCGGUGGGCACUGGAGCGGUUUUCUUCUUCCCCCCGCAGCGCCCCGGGAUGUUACCGGGCAGCCGCCUGGCGCCGCAGGGCCCCUCCAUGGGGCCGCCCGGCUACGGCGGGAGCCCGGCGGUGCGGCCCGGCAUGGCGCAGGCCGGCCUGGACCAGGCCCGCAAGAGGCCCGCGCCGCAGCAGCUGCAGCAGGUGCAGCCCCAGGCGGUGCCCAACCGCAACCACAAUGCUAAGAAGAAGAAGAUGGCAGACAAAAUUCUACCUCAGAGGAUUCGUGAACUUGUGCCUGAGUCUCAAGCUUAUAUGGACCUGCUGGCCUUUGAAAGGAAGUUGGACCAGACGAUCAUGAGAAAACGCUUGGAUAUCCAGGAGGCAUUGAAACGACCCAUUAAGCAAAAGCGAAAGCUACGUAUUUUUAUCUCCAAUACCUUCAAUCCAGCCAAGUCAGAUGCAGAGGAUGGUGAAGGAACAGUGGCCUCCUGGGAGCUUCGAGUGGAAGGACGGCUGCUAGAAGACUCUGCUUUGUCCAAAUAUGAUGCCACCAAACAGAAAAGAAAGUUCUCAUCCUUCUUUAAAUCUCUGGUCAUUGAACUUGAUAAAGACCUCUAUGGCCCUGACAAUCACCUGGUAGAGUGGCACAGAACUGCUACAACUCAGGAGACAGAUGGCUUCCAGGUGAAGAGGCCAGGAGAUGUCAACGUGCGCUGCACUGUCCUUCUGAUGCUUGAUUACCAGCCUCCCCAGUUCAAACUGGAUCCCCGCUUGGCUCGUCUCCUGGGGAUUCACACUCAGACUCGCCCAGUGAUCAUCCAGGCUUUGUGGCAAUAUAUCAAGACCCACAAGCUGCAGGACCCUCAUGAGCGGGAGUACGUCAUUUGUGACAAAUACCUCCAGCAGAUAUUUGAAUCUCAGCGGAUGAAGUUCUCUGAAAUUCCACAAAGACUUCAUGCACUGCUUAUGCCUCCAGAACCAAUCAUCAUUAACCAUGUGAUCAGUGUUGAUCCUAAUGACCAGAAGAAAACAGCCUGUUAUGACAUUGAUGUGGAGGUGGAUGACACCUUGAAGACUCAGAUGAAUUCAUUCCUGCUAUCAACUGCCAGUCAACAGGAAAUUGCUGCUCUGGAUAACAAGAUCCAUGAAACAAUAGAGACAAUUAACCAGCUGAAGACCCAGCGUGAGUUCAUGCUGAGCUUUGCCCGAGAUCCUCAGGGCUUCAUCAAUGACUGGCUCCAGUCCCAGUGCCGGGACUUGAAGACGAUGACUGAUGUUGUUGGGAAUCCUGAAGAGGAGCGUAGAGCUGAGUUCUACUUCCAGCCAUGGGCUCAGGAAGCUGUGUGCAGAUACUUUUACUCCAAGGUUCAGCAAAGACGGCAGGAGCUGGAGCAGGCCCUGGGGAUCCGCAACACAUAGGCCUUCAUCUCCUCCCAAACCAGAAGGCAUCAGAGCUGCUUGUGGAGACAGGGUGCUUCAGAGCACACAGUUAAGGCUCACUAACCACGCUGUGGUGCCAAGGCCUGCACCGUCAUCCAUCCUGGCAUUGUCUCUGCUGGGGCAGCUCUACGACCUGGGGUCUUCUGGGGUGUGGCAAGCAGACAGGCUCCAACAAGUACACACUUCUACCUGGUUUUCUUCCUGACUGUUGCCUUGUCAGUCCCAAGGCUUCCAAGAGCCUCCCCUUGACCCCGUGCUGCCUGUAGUGUCCCCAGUAGCCAGUAUGAAUGCUGACUUUGAGCUCCUCUCAAGUUCAGAAACUCUUCCUCUUCCCGUUCCUCUUCAACUAGCAUCUAGUUGUGGCACACGUGAGACCUGACUGGGAAGUCAGGAUCUGCUCAAAGGGCGGAGUUCUGUGGCUAGUCUGGUCUCUGCCUCAGUUAGUAGCAAGGUACCAGGAGAUGGAGUGGGCAGGAUGCUGACAUACCUCCAGCCCUCCCCUCCCUCGCUGGGAGGGGGCUGCUGCACUGGGCUGCCUCACAGGUCACUCUCCUCCUUGAGGAAGUUACUGGACUGUAUAGAGAAUUGUUUCUUCCCUUGUCCCUUUUUCCUUGUCCUGCUCCCUUCACGUUUAUGAAAGACUGCCUUGAGCUGGGAAUCACAGGGGAGAUGAAGCAUGUCUUACUGCACAGAUGUGGAAGUGCUGGAGAGCUGAGAAAAAGACUCUGCUUAUGGUUCCAGCAAGCCAGCUGGCUGCUUGCUUUCCCUGUAGUGGGGAGGGAAUGCAGCAGCUGCCCAGUGCAAUUGUGCAGGGGCAGACUACUGUAUGCUCAUUCCUUUGGGACAGUUAUCAUGUGUCAUUUGCUGUGGGGACCAGAGGUUCCUUCCUGUGGA